AUGAAAUCUGAUAAUAUAAAAAGUGAUUUAUUAAAAAAAGCAAUAUAUUUUAUACCCUUUUGGUUUAUUUCAAUAGUUUUUUGUUUUAUUUCCUAUGAUGUCUUUUUUAUUAAAGAAUAUGUAAAUGGUAAAUUAAACAAAACAUAUUAUGUUUCAAAGUAUCAUGAUGACUUUGAAAAGAAUACGGAAAUGUUUGAUUUCAACAACUCAUUCACACUAUUUCAAAUGUUUCCUCUGGUAUUUUUAACCCUCAUUCCUAUAUUAGCAUAUGCAUAUAUGGUAUCCUCAAUACUAAGGGUCCAUUUCGUUAAAAAUGCACUAACAAUGGUUGGCAUGGCAUUUACAAUGAUAAUUUCUCUUUUUUUAAUCGUAUCAUUAGGUUUAUUUAAAUACAGUUUAAAACCAUCGCUAUGUAAAGAUAUAGAAAAUGGGUUUUUAGAUAUUUAUCACAGCAAUAUAAACGAAACCAAACAUAUUUGUGGCGAAGAUUUUAAUUUUUUUAAAGGAAGUUAUGAAAUUCAAAAGGGUUUAAAAAAAACUAUCAAAUUAGAAUGGGGUGUAGAAGUCGAAUGGUUUUUAAUUAUUGCACCAAUUAUCCUAUCAUUUAUUAUGUUAAUAAUUAUGGUCACAUUAUUAAUUCGAAAUAAAUACAUUAAAGACUCCAACAACUCACUCUAUACUGCAAUACCCAAUAAUGGAGGUAUUUAUGAAAAAGAAGAAAAGUCCAAAGAUCUCUCUGAUGAAAUGGAUUUGUUUUGGGGUAGAGAUGAUUGGUAUGAUUAUACCAAAGAUUCAUAUCCAUUCGCUUUGGUUUUGUUUGCACAAAUUUUAUACAUCCUGUCAAUUGUUUUAAUAUCAAUUUAUAAAUUUUCAUAUUAUUUAUUGCCAUUUUUUGGAUUAUUAUUUAUAAUGCUAGGGUCAUAUUACUUUUUAUUAUUUUAUGGUAUUAGAGAUAACUAUUUAAUUAAAACUAUGAAACAAGAAGGUGAUAUAGCUCAAUUUUUAGAUAAGUUAAAGAAAAAAACGCCAAUGGUUGCUGCAUUUUCAACUAUGUUUAUCAAUAACAAAGUAGUCAAAAGUUUAGAACCCAAAAAAAUCACUGAAUGGCAUGACUUUUCGGAUGCUAUUAAAAUAGAUUCAAAGAAACCAAUCAUUGAAAUUAAAAUUGACGAAGAGUAUGAAAUUAUUAAAAAAGUUCCUUCAAAAAAUAACUUAACCACCUAUGGUGAUAAUAAUAAUAACAAUAGCAUAAAUUCAGUCGAAACAAUACCACCUCCACCAGUCCAAGUAAAAACCAAAUUAGAUAACUAUUUUUUUAUUAAAACAGAUUUACCAAACUAUUAUAUCUACACAAACAAUAACAAUAGAGUCUCAAUCAACAGAACCUUACAUGGUUUAUUUGUGUUAUUAGGCUUUUCUUUUAUUUAUAAGUUUAUUUAUUUAAAUAGAUUAAUCGAAAAAAAGAAUUAUGUUAGCAAAACAAAAUUUAGAUAA